AUGUCCGUGCUAUCCGGAAUUGCCAGACUACUCAACCCUUUCGCUUGGCUGCGGAGCAGCAAAAAAGUGGAGCAGACUGCACAACAUGAAUACGAGUUCCAAGAGGAAGAGGAACCCGAACCAAUCGAAGAGGCUCCAUCAGCACAGUCUCUCUCAGAAAGUGAUGUGGAAAAUCACCUCGCAGAAGGCGAUUCCUCUGAUAUCCAUAGCAACAAGACGAGCGAUGUUCACAGCGAUGGCUGUCAGGAACAGAUGGGUGGAGAUGUGUUUCUCGGGACUGCAAAGGAAAAUGAGGAAAGCAGCAUGGAGUCGAGUGACAAGGUGGUGUCUACACAGCAGGGACUGUUCUUUGGUGCACCCACAUCUAACGGGUCACCAAAGGAGGAGGUUGAGUCACGGUGUGGGAUUUCAGACAUGACAUUAGAAGGAAGCGAUAAAGUACUGUUUGCUCACUUCCAUUAG